AUGGCGAAGAUGAUAUACACCCACACGGAUGAAGCGCCCAUGUUGGCAACGUAUUCUCUUCUGCCGAUCAUCCAGGCGAUGGUGAGAUCCUCCAACGUCAGGGUCGAGACUUCGGACAUUUCUGUCGCAGCAAGGAUCAUUGCCUUGUUCCCGGAGAAAUUGCGACCUCAACAGAGAAUGCGGGACGCCCUGUCAGACCUUGGAAAGCUUUGUCAGAAGCCAGAGGCGAACAUCAUCAAGCUCCCCAACGUCAGCGCUUCCGUGCCGCAGCUGAAGGAAGCCAUCAAAGAGCUUCAGGGUCAAGGAUACGGCAUCCCAGAUUACCCAGAAGAUCCAAAGGACGAUGAGGAGAAAAAGGUUCAAGAAAAAUACAAAAAGGUCCUUGGAAGUGCUGUAAAUCCGGUCUUGCGUGAGGGAAACUCUGACCGAAGGGCAGCAACAAGUGUGAAGAACUAUGCCAAGAAGCAUCCCCACAGGAUGGGCGCCUGGACUGCCGACUCCAAGACGCAUGUUUCCUCCAUGACUGAGGGUGACUUCUUUGGAAACGAGCAGUCAGUCACAAUUGAGAGCGACACGGAAGUAAAGAUCGUGUUUGAGUCAGACAGAGGGUCCACCACAACAUUGAAGGAGAAACUCGCGCUCGUGAAGGGUGAAAUCAUGGAUGCAGCUGCCAUGUCUACCGUGAAGCUCAGGGAGUAUCUCGAGAAGGAAAUAGCUGAUGCCAAGGCCAAGGAUGUAAUGUUGUCGCUGCACCUGAAGGCAACCAUGAUGAAGAUCUCCGAUCCGAUUCUCUUCGGACACGUUGUGAACAUCUACUUCAAGGACGUAUUUGCAAAGUAUGAGGAGGAGUUCAAAGCACUGGGUGUGAAUCCGAACUUUGGCCUGGAUGAUCUCUACAAGAAGCUAGAGAAAAGCGAGAAAAAGGCUGAGAUCGAAGCAGCCAUCAUGGACACCUAUAAGGUCCAGCCCCGCCUGGCCAUGGUGAACUCGGACAAGGGAAUCACAAACUUGCACGUGUCCAGCAAUGUGAUCAUCGACGCCUCCAUGCCAGCCAUGAUCAGGGAUGGUGGCAAGAUGUGGAACAAGGACAACAAGCAGGAAGACACAAAAUGCCUCAUCCCAGACCGAUGCUACGCAGGCGUUUUCCAAACGGUCAUUGACUUUUGCAAGAAGAGUGGAGCAUUCAACCCGAGCACUAUGGGCACUGUCCCUAACGUUGGGCUCAUGGCCCAGAAAGCAGAGGAGUAUGGGUCUCACGACAAGACCUUCGAGAUGAAGGAAUCUGGCAGCGUCAAGGUCAUCGACUCCUCAGGAAAGGUCUUGCUGGAGACCAAGGUGGGAGCUGGGGACAUCUGGCGAGCCUGCCAGACCAAGGAUGUGGCCAUCAAGGACUGGGUGAAGUUGGCCGUGACAAGGGCCAGGGCUUCGAGCACGCCUGCCAUCUUCUGGCUGAACAAGGACCGCGCACACGACGCACAGCUGCUUAAGAAGGUGGAAGCAUACCUGAAAGACCACGACACUUCUGGUCUGGAGAUCAGCAUCAAGACGCCCGAGGAGGCCUGUCUUGAGUCUCUGCAGAGGGCAAAGGAGAGCAAGGACACCAUUUCUGUCACAGGAAAUGUGUUGCGAGACUACAACACAGACUUGUUCCCUAUCCUGGAGCUCAAUACCAGUGCCAAGAUGCUCUCCAUUGUGCCCAUGCUUGCUGGAGGCGGUAUGUACGAGACUGGUGCUGGAGGAUCUGCACCGAAGCAUGUGGAGCAGUUCGUGGAAGAAGGCCAUCUGCGUUGGGACUCCUUGGGUGAGUUCCUUGCACUGGAGCCUUCCCUCAUGGACAUUGGCACGAAGGGUGAGAACAAGAAGGCUGUGGUGCUGUCAAAGGCACUGGGUUUGGCAAUCGAAAAAUUCCUGGAGGAGAACAAGUCGCCCUCUCGCAAGGUGAAUGAGAUUGACAAUCGUGGAAGCCAUUUCUACCUCUGCUUGUACUGGGUGGAGGCCCUUGCCAAUCAGAGCGAGGAUGAGCAGCUAAAGGCGCAGUUCACAGCUGGCUUGGCCAAGCUGAAGGAAAGUGAAGCGCAGAUUGCAGAGGAUCUGGUUAAAUGUCAAGGCAAGCCGGUGGAUAUUGGCGGCUACUACCACCCCGAUCCGCGGAAGACACGCGUUGCUAUGCGGCCGAGCGAUACAUUCAAUCGUAUCUUGAAUUACAUCAUGCACUGGAAGCCGCUUCGAAAGCCGACAUUUACAAAGGUGGAGCAGAUUGAACCAGAGCAGCGUGGAGUCAAUCUGAUGUUGAAAUGCUUGUCAUGCACCGAGACGAAGGCAUCGGAAAGCAAUGCUUCAGGUUUGCGGAUUUGGGAAGCAAAAUGUGGGGACGAGACUGGCGCUGUGACUCUGUCGAUUCGAAGUCCGGAGAUUGCCGAGGUCUGCAAGCCUGACGCAUCAUUGAGACUACAGAAUGCAAGAGUGGUCAUGGUUAAAGGCUUUAUCCGUCUCAACGUGGACAAGUGGGCUGCCCUCAAGCCGGCUGAGCCUCUGGAGUGUAGCGUGAAUACCAAGAAUGAUGUCUCUGCCGUGGAGUAUGAGCUGACAGCCGCUUAA